AUGGACUCCUUGGAGCGGCUAAUGCGCGCUGCGCCUCUGCCCCGCGCCCUCACCAGCGGCGUGGUGGCAACCGCCGCAGCAGCCGCCGCCGCUGCCGCUGCCACAGCAACUAAAGGCGGGCAACAGCGUGCCUUGGUGCAUGCCUCGUUGGCCGCGGCCACAGUGGGGCGCAAGGGGCGCCACCUAACGGGCACAUUCUGCCUCACUGGCGACACCAUGGAGGGCAUUAUCCAGUGCCUAGUAUUUCUCAAGGCAUUUUCGCUGGUCGGCGGUGAAUUCGAUAUGGAAUUGAAUUUUGUGAUACAGGAUGCGCAGAAUAUCAAACAUAUGUUGGAGCUGCUCGAUCAUUGCCCGCCCAAUUUGCAGGCCGAGAUCUGGAGUGUUUUCAUUGCGAUUCUGCGCAAGAGUGUUCGCAAUUUGCAGGCAUGCACAGAUGUUGGACUCAUCGAGCACGUGCUGGUGCGUUUGCAGCGCUCGGAAACAGUUGUGGCAGAUUUGCUCAUCGAAAUGCUGGGCGUAUUGGCCAGCUAUAGCAUAACGGUAAAGGAGCUGAAGCUCCUCUUCGGCACCAUGAAGGCAUCCAAUGGCAAAUGGCCGAGGCAUUCGGCAAAAUUAUUGAACGUAUUACGGCAAAUGCCGCAUCGCAAUGGGCCGGAUGUGUUCUUCAGUUUUCCAGGGCGUAAAGGAUCGGCCAUGGUAUUGCCGCCGCUGGCUAAAUGGCCAUAUGAGAAUGGCUUUACCUUCACCACCUGGUUUCGUUUAGAUCCAAUCAACUCAGUGAAUAUUGAGCGCGAGAAGCCCUACCUGUACUGCUUCAAGACAUCCAAGGGCGUCGGCUAUACGGCGCACUUCGUCGGUAACUGCCUGGUGCUCACGUCGAUGAAAGUCAAGGGCAAGGGUUUUCAGCAUUGUGUAAAAUAUGAAUUCCAGCCACGGAAGUGGUAUAUGAUCGCCAUAGUGUAUAUAUACAAUCGUUGGACAAAAAGCGAAAUCAAGUGCCUCGUUAAUGGUCAACUGGCCUCGUCGACCGAAAUGGCGUGGUUUGUUUCCACAAAUGAUCCCUUCGACAAGUGCUAUAUUGGCGCGACGCCCGAACUGGAUGAGGAGCGCGUCUUUUGUGGCCAAAUGUCUGCAAUUUAUUUGUUCAGCGAGGCGCUGACCACUCAACAAAUAUGCGCUAUGCAUCGCCUGGGGCCGGGCUACAAGUCGCAAUUCCGCUUCGAUAACGAGUGCUAUCUGAAUCUGCCGGACAAUCACAAGCGGGUGAGUCAUUUUCAACUGCCAGCCAGCCUGGGGGUGGUUGGCGGCGGUGGCCUUGUGCCGAGUGCCGGUACAGUUGGUGGUACAUCUGGUAAUGGGGGUUCGGCCACCACUGGGGGUAGCAGUGCCACCUCAGCCGCAUUGACAGCCGCCCAACAGCAGCUGCUGCAGUUGCAAUUCCAAACUCUGGCCGCCGAGCAGGAGGCGCGUGCCAUUGACUGGGCCGAUGAGCGUCUCGAUUUGAAUGCAGCCUUUGCCAAGAUUCGAGCCGUUCUAACGGCACGCAAUGCGGUCACAUUGGCGGCUCUUACUGGCGGCACAACAACAACAGCUUCGACAACAACAUCAGCGGUGGCAGCAGCAGCCGCAGCGGCAGCAGCAGCAGCAGCAGCAGCCUCAACCACGAACAUCCCGCCCGAUGCCGUUGAUAACAACAACAGCAACACCAGCGGCGGCAACAACAGCAACAACAAUUUGCACGCUCCAGCGGACGAUCCACUCGGACAUUUGCCGACUGGAAAUGCUUCUUUCGAUCAACUCCGUCGCAUGUCCAGCGCGACGAGCUUGAAUGUCAGCCACGGCAGCAGCUCCGUUGGCAUCUUUGCCGGCGACACCGAGGAAAUCAACCAGCUGAAAGCUGUGCUGUACGAUGGCAAACUAUCGAAUGCCAUUGUCUUUAUGUACAAUCCAGUGGCAACCGAUGGUCAACUAUGUUUGCAGUCUUCCCCCAAAGGAAAUGUUUCAUACUUUGUCCACACGCCCCAUGCGCUCAUGCUGCAGGAUGUCAAAGCUGUGGUAACGCACUCGAUACACUGCACACUCAACUCAAUUGGGGGCAUACAGGUGCUAUUUCCGCUCUUCUCACAACUGGACAUGGCGCACGAGGGCAUCAGCGACAUAAAGCGUGACCCCACAUUGUGCUCCAAGCUGCUCGGCUUCAUAUGCGAACUGGUGGAGACAUCGCAGACUGUGCAGCAGCAUAUGAUACAGAAUCGCGGCUUCCUGGUGAUAUCCUUUAUGCUGCAGCGCUCCUCACGCGAACAUCUGACGCUGGAGGUGCUCGGCUCAUUUCUCAAUCUAACCAAAUAUCUGGUCACGUGCCUGUCCGCGAAUAGCGACUUGCUGCUGAAACAGUUCUACCAGUUGUUCUGUUUCUCGUUUCUAACGUGGCAGCUGCUCGACCACGUGCUGUUCAACCCAGCACUGUGGAUAUACACACCCGCCAAUGUCCAGGCGCGCCUCUACUCGUAUCUGGCCACCGAGUUUCUCAGCGAUACACAGAUCUACAGCAAUGUGCGUCGCGUCAGCACCGUCCUUCAGACGGUCCACACCCUCAAAUAUUACUACUGGGUGGUGAAUCCGCGUGCCAAGAGCGGCAUCAUACCGAAAGGAUUGGAUGGACCGCGACCUGCGCAAAAGGACAUACUGGCCAUACGCGCCUACAUCCUGCUGUUCCUCAAGCAGCUGAUCAUGAUCGGCAAUGGCGUAAAGGAGGAUGAACUGCAAAGCAUACUCAACUAUUUGACGACCAUGCAUGAGGACGAGAACCUGCACGAUGUUCUGCAAAUGCUUAUCUCGCUAAUGUCCGAGCAUCCGAGCUCUAUGGUACCUGCAUUCGAUGUCAAGCAUGGCGUUCGUAGCAUAUUCAAGCUGCUGGCCGCCGAAAGUCAAUUGAUACGCCUACAGGCGCUCAAGCUCCUGGGCUUCUUCCUGUCUCGCAGCACACACAAACGCAAGUACGACGUCAUGUCGCCACACAAUUUGUACACGCUAUUAGCGGAGCGCGUGCUGCUCUACGAGGAGUCAUUGUCCCUGCCCACAUACAACGUGCUCUACGAAAUUAUGACCGAGCACAUUUCACAGCAAAUCUUGUACACGCGUCAUCCCGAGCCCGAAAGUCAUUACCGUCUGGAGAAUCCAAUGAUACUGAAGGUUGUGGCCACGCUCAUCCGACAGUCGAAGCAGACCGACUCCCUGAUCGAGGUAAAGAAACUGUUCCUGCAGGACAUGACACUGCUGUGUAACAGCAACCGCGAGAAUCGACGCACCGUACUGCAAAUGUCCGUCUGGCAGGAAUGGCUAAUUGCCAUGGCCUACAUACACCCGAAAAAUACUGAAGAGCAGAAGAUCAGUGAUAUGGUCUAUUCGCUUUUCCGCAUGCUCUUGCAUCACGCCAUUAAGCACGAGUACGGUGGCUGGCGUGUCUGGGUAGACACGCUGGCUAUUGUCCACUCGAAGGUGUCUUACGAGGAGUUCAAGCUCCAGUUCGCCCAAAUGUAUGAACACUACGAGCGCCAGCGUACGGACAACAUUACAGAUCCGGCGCUGCGUCAGGCGAGACCAAUUAGCACGAUUAGCGGUUGGGAGCGUGAGGAACUACAACAGCAGCAGCAAGGGGGCGGUGGUGCUGGAAUUCAGGCGGCACAAGCACCGGCCGUCAAACCAGCCCCGUCUAUAGCCUCUCUGGAGGAUGUACCAGCCGUCGAUGAGGAGCUGGAAAGCGUGGAAGCGCCAGAAAAUUGCGAGGUGGUCCCAGCAGAGGCACAACAAUGCGGCUGCGCAACAUCAACGACGACGCCGUCUGCAACAACCACAACGGCAUCAGCUGAACCAGAUGCAACGGACGAGGAGGUGCCAGCAACGACCAAAUCGGUUAUAGCCAACAUUUCCGAUGUAUACAACGAGCAAAUCAAAACGGACGAAGCCCUCCAGGCUGCGCCCAUCUGCAAUGGCAGCAAUGAGGAGUCGGAUAAGCAGCCGUCAACCGCGACGGCACAAUCGGGCGGCCAGGUAGCGCUUAAAGAGGCCUUACAGAUAGGCGAUGAUGUGGAACAGCUGGAGCUAGCGACAGAAAAGGAUGCACUUGACGUUGAACAACAUGUGGCUCAUGUCCUGCAGAGCUCAGAAGCGGCAUUAAACGAUUGCAAAAUGGUUGUUGACGAGCUACAGGAAGCGUCCUCUGUGCUCAAGGAUGAAGAGAUCGAGCUGGCCGUUAACGAAGUUGUGCAAGGUGUUCUCAAGAACGAGAAAAAAACGCAAGCGCAGGCUGCCGCAAGAGAUGCCAGCGCUACCUUGGAACAGGAUAAUGUUACCUUACUGAACAGUAAGAACUUGCUGAAUAACAAUAACAACAAUAAUAAUGCGCUUGAGGAGCAAACUACUGAAGCAGCUGAGCAAGCGACGCCCCAAAUCGAGUCUGAGGUCAAUGCAAAUGAGAUAACCAGCAGUGCCAGCCAUCAAAGCGACGCCAAUGCCGCAACCCAGGCGAUAACGGAGUUGAAGGAAGCGACGCCAAAGACAGAGUCAACGUUGGAAACUAAGUCCAAUGCUAUUUCCAAGACCAGCACCGAAGCAAAUAAUCAAAAGACUGAAGACGCGGUCGCCACGGCAGCGAACAAGCUAAAUAAUAACGAUAACAAGAUCGCUACCGCCACCCACACAUCCGAGCCAGACGCCAACGAAGUGGCCGAGAACAGCUCCUCCCUCAGCACGACCAAUGAGUCCACGGAAGAGUUAACCACGUCCAUCAGUCCCGAGACUACCGUCUCGAGCUCGUCCAUGGCCGAAGACAGCCUACUGCAAUUGCCUGAGCCGGAAACGAGAACGGAACAACUAUCUCUGCCCGUAACCGAAGCCGACGCGAGGACAGAGAGUGAGCAAACAGACGAGAUGGUCGCUUCAGCAGUGCGUGACGUUAUGGAACAGCUAAUUGAAAAGGUCAUUGAUGCCACCGAAGCCGUGGCUACAGAAACCAAUAACAAUGAGCUGCCCCCACAAAAGGCGAACGAGCUAACAGAAAUCGAAACACCUGAUGAAAUGCAGGCCGCCACAGUUGUCUCAGAACCGAUCCCAGAAACCGAGAUUGAUGCCAAUGAGAGCCUGGCUGCGGCAGCCAAGGAAAUUGUCGAGGAAGUGGUUCAGACAGCCCUUGAGCUGGCCACAGUGCAGUCAAAUGAAACAGAACAGGUUGAAUCAAUUGUUGCUGUUGAGCCAGCGAUUUCGCCGGUGGCCGAAACAGUAACAGAAACCAAAACUGACCCUAAACCGGAGUCGAAGCAGGAGCCGGAGCUCGAGCCUGCAUCGGAGCCUGAGUCCAAGGAACACGUAACAGCCAUUGUGAGUGCGGUUCUGGAUACGCUGGUUGAUGAGACGGUCAAAGCAGUGGCUGCCGAGCAGACAACACAAACCUCACCUGCACCCUCGCCCACAGCGAUAGUCGAGCAACUGCCCGUCGCGGUGCCUGUGCGCAUUAAGCCCACAGAGGUGGACUCCACCACACAGACAACACCGAAGAACGAGGGUAACGUCGGCGUCGCACACGACACUGACGACUCCAACAAAAGCAUCGACGAACAGCUGCACGACGAUCCACAAGCUGUUGGUGGCGACGAUGACGAGGACUAUGUUAAUCAGCAACCACCAGCCGGUGCGCAGGUGCUUGUCAAUCAUUACGCGGCGGGUAAUGCAGCUGGCGGCCCAGUGGAGGGUAAACAGCAACGAUCCAAGUCUGGUUCGACACGUCCCAUGUUCAGUCCGGGGCCGACGCGCCCACCAUUCCGCAUACCAGAAUUCAAGUGGUCCUACAUACAUCAGCGUCUGCUCUCCGACGUGCUCUUCUCACUGGAAACGGACAUACAGGUGUGGCGCAGCCACUCCACCAAGAGCGUCCUCGACUUUGUCAACUCCAGCGAGAAUGCCAUCUUUGUGGUCAAUACAGUCCAUUUGAUUUCCCAACUGGCCGAUAAUCUAAUAAUAGCCUGCGGUGGGCUCUUGCCCUUGCUAGCAAGCGCCACAUCGCCAAAUUCCGAGCUAGAUGUUCUUGAGCCCACACAGGGCAUGCCGCUCGAGGUGGCCGUCUCAUUUCUGCAGCGUCUGGUCAACAUGGCUGACGUGCUCAUUUUUGCCACCUCUCUCAACUUUGGUGAGCUGGAGGCCGAGAAGAACAUGUCCAGUGGCGGCAUUUUACGUCAGUGCCUCCGCCUGGUUUGCACCUGUGCCGUACGCAACUGUCUGGAGUGCAAGGAGCGAACACGCUACAAUGUAGGAGCUCUGGCUCGGGAUGUACCCGGCGCGGCACAUCUACAGGCGCUCAUACGCGGCGCACAAGCGUCACCCAAGAACAUUGUUGAGUCAAUCACCGGUCAAUUAUCACCCGUCAAGGAUCCUGAGAAGCUUCUCCAAGACAUGGACGUAAAUCGUCUGCGUGCGGUUAUCUAUCGUGAUGUGGAGGAAACGAAGCAAGCGCAAUUCCUCUCGCUUGCUAUUGUCUACUUUAUUUCGGUGCUAAUGGUGUCGAAAUAUCGAGAUAUUUUGGAACCACCAGCGGAGCCACAGAUUCAACGUCAAUCGCCCGUGUUGCAACGCACGGCAGGCG